AUGCCAAAGACCAAAAACUUUCUUUUUCAGAUCAACGCGUCCGUCAUUGCCCGCGUCGAUCGCGGAAAGUCCACCCUCGCCCACGCCCUCAUCCCAAAGGUUAUUAUUGCUGCAGUGACAGCUGGUGAUAUGCGGCUUGCAGACUCACAAGACGAUGGAAAAGAGCAUGGCAUCACGAUCAAAUCGACAGCCAUCUCCAUAUACUUCGAAAUGGAAAAGGAAGAUGUCGAAAUUAUUAAUCAGAAGGCUGAAGGCAAGUCUUCAAUUUAA